UGGCUUCCCCUUCAUUCCUUGUUCCCUGCUAUGAAAAAUGCAACAAGUUUAAGAGGAACCAACGUCAAGAGAACAACCACCAAAAUGCAAACCCAUCUACUGUUCUUCUUCUAUUGUUACAUUGGCCUCUCACUCGUUUUAACUGAAGCUGCAGCAGAUGAUGAAUUGUCAACUCUUCUCUCAAUCAAAUCCACUCUUAUUGACCCAAUGAGGCAUCUGAAGGAUUGGCAACUACCAAGCAAUGUGACAGGUUCACCUCAUUGUAACUGGACUGGAGUUGGUUGCAACUCUAAAGGCUUUGUAGUGAGUCUUGACCUCUCCAACAUGAACCUCAGUGGUUGUGUUUCGGACCGCAUUCAAUCUCUUUCAAGUCUAUCUUCUUUCAACAUAAGCUGUAACAACUUCGCUUCAUCACUCCCCAAAUCACUGUCCAACCUCACCUCUCUCGAGAGCUUUGAUGUGAGCCAGAACUACUUCACUGGCAGCUUUCCCACUGGUCUUGGAAGAGCUGCAGCCUUGAGAUCAAUUAAUGCAUCAAGCAAUGAUUUUUCAGGUUUUCUUCCUGAGGAUAUCGGAAAUGCAACGUUGCUUGAGAGCCUUGAUUUUCGAGGGAGCUACUUUGUGAGUUCAAUCCCCAGGAGUUUUAAGAAUUUGCAGAAGCUCAAGUUUCUAGGUCUUUCAGGCAAUAACUUCACAGGGAGGAUUCCGGGUUAUCUUGGGGAACUCACUUCUCUGGAGAUAUUAAUCAUAGGAUACAAUGAGUUUGAAGGUGAGAUCCCUGCAGAGUUUGGCAACCUGACUAGUCUUCAAUACCUUGACUUGGCUGUAGGCAGUCUCAGCGGACAAAUUCCACCGGAAUUGGGUAAGUUGACAAAACUCACCACAAUUUAUUUGUACCACAACAACUUCACAGGAAAAAUUCCACCUCAACUUGGCAACAUUACUUCACUAGAAUUUUUGGACCUAUCUGACAAUCAAAUCUCAGGAGAGAUUCCAGAAGAACUUGCUAACUUGGAAAACCUGAAGCUCUUAAAUCUGAUGACUAACAAACUAACUGGUCCAGUACCCGAGAAGCUUGGUGAAUUGAAAAAUUUACAGGUGCUUGAGCUAUGGAAAAAUUCUUUACAGGGUCCUUUGCCUCAAAACCUUGGACUUAACUCUCCUUUGCAGUGGUUGGAUGUAUCCUCUAACUCAUUAUCCGGGGAGAUCCCUCCAGGUUUGUGUACCACAGGCAAUCUCACUAAACUAAUCCUUUUCAAUAAUUCCUUCACUGGUUCCAUUCCAAGUGGACUUGCAAACUGUUUGUCUUUGGUACGUGUUCGGAUUCAGAACAAUCUUAUUUCUGAAACUAUUCCGGUUGGCUUUGGAAACCUCCCUGGCCUUCAACGGCUGGAGUUGGCAAAGAACAACUUCACUGGGAAAAUUCCUACAGAUAUUACCUCAUCCACAUCGCUUUCUUUCAUUGAUGUCUCUUGGAACCAUCUUGAGUCAUCUCUGCCGUCAGAUAUUCUUUCUAUUCCAACCCUUCAAACCUUCAUUGCCUCUCAUAACAAUUUUGGAGGAAAUAUCCCAGAUGAGUUCCAGGACUGUCCAUCUCUCUCUGUGCUGGAUCUUUCAAACACCCUUCUAUAUGGCACAAUUCCUGAAAGUAUUGCUUCUUGUGAAAAAUUAGUUAACCUUAACCUUCGAAAUAACCACUUGACAGGUGGAAUCCCAAAAUCAAUCACAAACAUGCCCACUUUGUCUGUUGUUGAUCUAUCCAACAAUUCCUUGACUGGUAGGAUACCUGAAAACUUUGGCAGCUCCCCAGCUCUGGAAAUGCUGAACCUGUCCUAUAACAAACUUGAGGGUCCAGUACCCUCAAAUGGGAUGUUGAUGACUAUAAAUCCUAAUGAUCUUAUCGGCAAUGCGGGUCUUUGUGGGGGCAUUCUCCCUCCAUGUUCUCCAAGUUUGGCUGCGACUAGUCAUCGAAAGAGCUCACAUAUCAGACACAUCAUUAUUGGUUUUGUGACUGGCAUUGCAGUGAUAUUAGCUCUUGGUGCAGUAUAUUUUGGUGGUAGAUGUUUAUACAAGAGAUGGCACUUGUAUAACAAUUUUAUCCAUGAUUGGUUCAAACAUAGCAAUGAAGAUUGGCCCUGGAGAUUAGUGGCAUUCCAGAGGAUCAGUUUCACUAGUAGUGACAUCCUUACUUGCAUACAUGAAUCAAAUGUCAUAGGCAUGGGUGGCACUGGUAUUGUUUACAAAGCUGAAAUUCAUAGGCCUCAUGUAACCGUAGCAGUGAAAAAACUAUGGAGGUCACAGACAGACAUAGAAAAUGGCAAUGAUAUGUUAAGAGAAGUGGAACUCCUUGGGAGACUUCGGCACAGGAAUAUUGUAAGGCUGUUGGGGUAUGUACACAAUGAAAGGGAUGUGAUGAUGGUUUACGAUUACAUGCCUAACGGGAAUCUUGGAACAGCACUGCAUGGUGAACAAUCUGCAAGGUUGCUUGUUGACUGGGUCUCAAGGUACAACAUAGCUCUUGGAGUUGCACAGGGGCUUAACUACCUCCACCAUGAUUGUCACCCACCAGUUAUUCACAGGGAUAUCAAGUCUAACAACAUACUUCUUGAUGCAAAUUUAGAGGCAAGAAUAGCAGAUUUUGGGUUGGCAAGGAUGAUGAUUCAAAAGAAUGAGACAGUUUCCAUGGUGGCCGGAUCAUAUGGAUACAUAGCACCAGAAUAUGGAUACACUCUGAAGGUUGACGAGAAGAUUGACAUAUACAGCUACGGGGUGGUGCUUUUGGAGCUCCUAACUGGCAGAAUGCCUUUAGACCCUGCGUUUGAAGAAUCGAUUGACAUAGUCGAAUGGAUAAGGAAAAAGAAAAACAAUAAAGCCUUAUUAGAAGCACUAGAUCCUUCUAUAGCUAGUCAGUGCAAACAUGUCCAAGAAGAAAUGCUGCUUGUACUCCGGAUUGCACUUCUAUGUACCGCAAAGCUUCCUAAGGAAAGACCUCACAUGAGAGACAUCAUCACAAUGCUUGGAGAGGCAAAGCCAAGAAGGAAAAGUGUUUGCCAUAAUGGGGGUCAAGACAGCAGUAGCACGGAAAAGCCAACCAUUUUUACCUCCCCAGUAAUAAGUCUUUUGUAGCAAGUUGUUUAGUGAUGAGCAAAAAAAAUAAAAUAAAAAAAUUGAAUUCCCUUGGCCUCCAAAUUGAGAUGUAUGCAUUGCCUACGUCCAUCAAAUUUUUAUCAGAUAGUAAAUACAUGUAUUUAGACAAGUUUUUCUUUCUUAUUUUUCUGUUCAAGUGAGGAAGAAACGGACAUUUCAGAAU